GCCAUAUUUUGCAGGGGGUGACUCCAUAGUGAGGAAACCGCCCUCAUCCUCAAAUCAAAGAACCGGGCUCCUCCCUGACAGCACUACCUAAGAAAGGCUUCGAGGGAGAAGCGACGCGAGUCUCGAGCCCCCGCGGACAGCUCGGGGGGACUCGGGGGGCAGGAGAGGUUCCCCCACUCUCCUGAGGGGCCCGUUGGUUCGCGCCGGCGCCUUUUAAGGGCACCGUGGGGUGAACGGAGCGCUCAGAGCUGCUCCGGCCGCGGCCCUGGGAGCUGGAGGAGCCGCGACUCAGCAGGCAUGACUGGAGAGGGAAGUCCCAAUGGUGCUAGAAUGGUGCUGCAGUGGCAGAAGACGGCUCACGAGUGAGGUCUGGAAGAACAACAGGGAAGACAUCCAUCAUUUGCUCCAAAGUGUGCAAGUCAGAUCCUGGGGAGAAUCAUGAUAACCCUGAUCACUGAGCAGCUACAGAAACAGACUCUGGAUGAGCUGAAAUGCACACGCUUCAGCAUCAGUCUGCCUUUGCCUGAUCAUGCAGACAUCUCCAACUGUGGGAACCCUUUCCAGCUUGUGCCUGAAGGUGCUUCCUGGAGGGGCCUGCCCCACUGUUCCUGUGCCGAGUUCCAGGACAGCCUCAACCUCAGCUACCACCCGUCAGGCUUGAGCCUGCACCUCAGACCACCCAGCCGGGGAAGCUCCCCACCGGAGCAGCCCCUCUCCCAAGUUCUAAGCCCUGAGCCCCCCGACCCAGAGAAGCUUCCUGUGCCCCCAACCCCUCCAUCCAAGAGGCACUGCCGCUCACUCUCAGUGCCCGUGGACCUGUCUCGCUGGCAGCCAGUGUGGCGGCCUGCCCCCUCCAAGCUGUGGACUCCCAUCAAGCACCGAGGCAGUGGUGGAGGGGGUGGGCCGCAGGUGCCUCACCAGAGCCCUCCAAAGCGGGUCUCCAGCCUCAGGUUCCUCCAAGCUCCCAGUGCCUCUUCUCAAUGUGCCCCAGCCCACAGACCCUACAGUCCACCUUUCUUCAGCCUGGCCCUGACCCAAGAUUCCUCUCAACCCUGCGCUGCCUCCCCCCAAAGUGGCUCCUGGGAGAGUGAUGCUGAAUCCCUGUCCCCUUGCCCACCCCAGCGUCGAUUUUCCCUAUCACCCAGCCUGGGCCCACAGGCAAGCCGCUUCUUGCCUUCUGCCCGGAGCUCCCCUGCAUCCUCCCCAGAGCUGCCCUGGCGACCCCGGGGCCUCCGCAACCUUCCUCGAAGCCGCUCACAGCCUUGUGAUCUGGAUGCCCGAAAAGCUGGAGUGAAGCGGCGCCACGAGGAGGACCCCCGGCGGCUAAGGCCCUCCUUGGACUUUGACAAGAUGAAUCAGAAACCAUACUCAGGAGGUGUCUGUCUCCAAGAAACAGCCCGGGAAGGCAGCAGCAUCUCUCCACCGUGGUUCAUGGCCUGUAGCCCCCCACCCCUCUCUGCUUCCUGCAGCCCCAUUGGGGGUUCCUCCCAGGUGCUGAGUGAAAGCGAAGAGGAGGAGGAGGGGUCCGUGCGGUGGGGGCGGCAGGCGCUGAGUAAGCGGACACUGUGCCAGCAGGACUUUGGGGACCUGGACUUAAAUCUGAUUGAGGAGAACUAAAACUGAGAGGCUACUACUUCCUGGGGCCACACAGACUGACUCUCUUACGGCUACUAACAAGUGUCGAGGCUCCAAGACUGGGGCCCAGCCUGGGAAUGGGGAUGAGUGGAGGGCUCCCACUCAGGGCAGCUGGAAAUCUCGCUCCAGGAAGCUCGACCAUGCCGAGAGACUGGCCGGGACAAGAUAAACAGAGCUGGUGGCGGGAGGGACAGCCCCAGAGCAGACCCUUCCCAUGGCGGCCCUGAGUGUGAGUAUCCCUGCCAAUGAGAAAGCAGUGGGCAGGGAAGGAAGGGGUCAGCUGACCCCUGCUCGGGGAAUUUCACUAGCCCCUUUGCUUCAAAGGGCACUUGUGUCUUAGAAUUUGGCCAGGGUGGGGGGUUCAUUCAGCCUCCUUGGAGAAAUUGUGUGUGAGUGUGUGUGUGUGCUUGGGAGUAUACUUGAGGAAAGGUGUAAAGGUGUGUUUGCGUAGCCUUAGGGAAGGAAGGCAGUUGCUCCUUAAUAGUAGAGCAUCAUGAUACCCCCAGGAUCUUGAGUUUUCAUGGGGCUGUGGGCUUGUUAAAGAAGUCAAAAGGAGGGCACCAAGUUUUUCUUUUUCCUAAGUAGCUUUGGAACCAGGCUUAUGAUCCAUAAGCACCACUGGCUCCGCAAAGGAUUCUGUUUGGGGGUACUGCAAGCUCUUUUAAGUGCUGUGACCUCAGCCAAUGGUUUUUUCCUCAGGCCCACCCCCCCCUCCCCUAGAUAGAUUUAGUGUUGGGGCUGGAGAGGGCUCUUCACAUUGAUUCUGAGCUGGCCUUUUCUUCUUAUCAGAUUGCCUAGGCUGUAUACCACCUGCCUCUCUCACUCUCUAAGUAGAUGCAAGCACAUGUGGGUAACUGAGGCAGGGUUGAAGGGCUUCAUCUCUUUCUUUCCCUCUUUACUGAUGGGACCUUUUUCCCCUCACCCUCUGACCUUUGAUGCAUUUGGACUGCUGACCAUUUAAAAGCAGCCUGUGAUUGCUUCUUUUGUAAAGCAAGCAAGCAACCUCCCUCUACUUUAGCUGUUUGACUAUUUGGAUUUUCACACAUUGGGCUUACCCAGAGUGUAGCGCAUCUCUACAGGGCUGUGGUUGACGCUGGGUAGACAUCUGCAUCUGUGUUGUGUGUGUGGUGUGGCUGACCAGUAGGUGAGUAUUCCUGCGUGUGUGAGUGAAGCCACUCCCAGGCUGGUGCUCUCCUCCUGUGCCCGGUGACUGCCCAGUGGCAGCUUUAGCUGCCCUUCACUCCCACCUGCUGCCAAAGUCCCUGUGCUAAUGGGAUUACAAAUACAAAAAGUGGAAAAAAUUUUUUCGUAAACUUUGUUUUAUAUUAAAAAAAAAUCCAUAAGUCUGUGUGUGUGUUAAACAUGAGGUCCUGCCUCUGUGGCCGUGUUUGAAAAAAUAAAGUUUUAUUAGAAUAAUCCAUUUUCCCAAGCAA